AUGGCUUUUUCUUUUGACCUAGCCGUCAUCGUCCAACGGGAGAGAAGGGCAACGGAGAGGAGAUCGAAGGUAAUAAUAAAGCGAAGGCGAACAGGAAUAUGCAAGAGCCACGAGGCGUCGCAGGAGAUUCCUUUUGAGCUCGUGAUAGAGAUUCUCACGAGACUGCCUGCUAAAUCACUUAUGAGGUUCAAAUCUGUCUCAAAAACACUGGUUAUCCUUCAUUCGUUCCCAAUACUUCACCAACCGUUUCAUAAAUGUUCCUUCAUCGCUGCCACGUCUAUACUUGUGGCUUGGCGAUUACGGAAAAAAUGUAUUACUAUCAUCGUCGGCUUCUGCUGA